GUGGCGGUAAACACCCUCCGAAGCAGACGAUCAAGACGGUCCCAGCAGUCACAGCCUCUCAAACGCCGGUAAAGGAGUUCCACUCUGACGAUCCAACAGUGUUGAUGGCCGGUGGCAGUGAUGACGUGGCGAUCGUGGCACCACCACCGCCGAAAUCGACUAAACAGAAGAAGAAGAAGGUGGUGGUUGCCGCCGCCGCCAACAACACCAACAGCCGAGCCCAGGGAUUUGACUCUUCGGCGCCGACGGCCCUUAUCGCCCCUGAUGAUUACCAGCACCUGUACGCCGCCAAGGGCAAGGGAGGAAAGGAGUCGGCCAAGGUGGUCAAAGGAGGAGGAGGAAGAGGAGGUAAUCAGACGGACUCUCUGGCCGCCGCUGGCACCGAAUCAGAGGCGCCCACUGCUCUCAUCGCACCGCAAGACUACUCGCACAUUUUCUGCGCCGAGCCGACGCCUCCAAAGGUGAAGGGCGGAACAAAGCAUCAGCAGACAAAGCAGGCCAAACUGCAAAUGAAACACCAGCCAAAGAACAGCACCAAAGCACAGAGCAAGACUAAAGCCCAGCGUGAUCAGCGACUUCCUUCAGACGCACCGACGGUCCUGGUGGAGGCGGUGGCCAAGCAAGACGCUGCUGCUGCUGCUGCAUCGGCUUCAACUCCAAAACAACCUCAGCAACCUCAGCAGCAGCCUCAGCAGGCGUCCAAGGUCGCUGGGGCUGGUGGGCAGAAGAGCAAGGCCAAGGCGAAGACUAGCAGGACCAAGACGAAGACGAAGACAAAGGCCAAGCAAAGUGGUGGUGGCGGCAAGUCCAAAGCGAAAGCCAAAGGUGGCAAAAAGAGCAGCAGCGCUCGAAAGAAGAAGCCAAAACCGCAGCAAGAGAACAGGGACUCCUCCGGUGGUGGUGGUAAUGGUGAGGAGGAGGAGGGACAGGAGGACGACUCCGGA